GAUCCAACAAGCCGGCCUCUCCGUGAUGAAUAUGCCGCCUUGGUGCACAUUGUUUGUCGCUUAAUCGAACAGCAUCGCUCUUAGACUUUAAACAGAUGCCUCGCAUCUUCAACCAAGCAGCAUGCAACACAUGCCGUGUCCGCAAGAUCAAAUGUGAUGAAUCGCUCCCCAUCUGCCAGCGCUGCUCCAAAGCAAGCCGCUAUUGUGACCGCAGUGCGGCGCCUCCCCUCCCAGUCCUUGUGCAGCCAACAAACACACAAGACGUCUUUCCAUCGCCGUCGGAUCCCCGCCGGGCUCUCACCAACCCCGCGAUAGCCCGCUACUUCCACCACUACAUCACCUCCAUCGCCCCCUGGUACGACCUCAGCGAUGGGUCCCAGCACUUUGCCACCCGCCUGCCAGAACUGGCCCUCGCCAGCGCGCUCCCGUUCGCUGCUGUCGUCGCCUUGGCCGCCAUCCAGAUCAGCCAGACGACGGCGCCGUCGGCCCGGGCGGCGGCCGAGUACUACCAUGACCACUGCGUCCGGCUGUUGUUGGCUAGGCUAAAGGACGACAAUGCGGCCCGUGGCGACGGCGACGGCGACGGCGAUGGCAAUGGCAAUGGCAAUAGCAAUAGCAAUGGAAUAACGUUGGCUUCCAUCUGUCUCCUGCGCUCAUACGAGAUCCUAAGCGAGGAGGUCGAUCCAAACCGGCAUCUCCGGGGCGCGUACUCGCUUGCCGUCUCCCGCCGCCCGCUCCUCCGGGAGGGUGACCUCGGCGGACGUGGAGGGCUGCGCGGUGCCGGGUUCUGGAACUAUCUGAGGGAAGACAUCACCUUUAGUCUGUUCCAGCGAUGCCCACUCAAAAUGGGACUGGAUCAGGUCGAGCUGUUUGUCUGGCGUGGCGACGAUGCAGACGGCGACCACGCCUACUUGAAUGCGGUGUCGCUGAUCCUGGGAAGGAUCAUCAAUGAAUGCUUUGGGCGCGAGACGCUGUCACCUGAAGCCUGGGACUUUUUGUUCAGGUUGCUUCGCGAUUGGUGCUCGGCUCUUCUCGGCCGGUUUGCGCCGUUUGCACGUGAAGAGCGCCGUCUGGGGCUAGCUCUGCCUUCUGUUUGGAUGUUGCACGAUUGCCAUGCGUCGGCACGCCACUACCGGCUUGUGUGCAUUGCCAUCCUCUGCAACCACGCAUCCACCUCGGAACAAAUUUCGGACCUUAUUUCGCUCCUAGAGGACCUUAUUUCGCUCCUAGAGGCUUCUCAAGACGUUGAUCAGUGCACCACAAGGGAAGAAAUUUUAGAAAGAUGUGCAGUUGAAAUCUGCGGGAUCGCAUUCACUGCCAACUCGCCUCCUGUAGUGGUGAAUUGUUUUGGUCCUAUUGCAUUUUGUGGGCCAUUUAUCCGCGACGAAGCUGCCCAGCAGGAGCUUGUCCGUCGGCUGAUGGCCUGCAAACGAACCAUCGGAUGGCCUGUCCAGCGGCUCGUGGCGGACUUGCAGCUUGCAUGGGGAGAGGCUGCUGGACAACAGAUUGCUGUGUGA